CUCCCCCGAGCGGCCGCUGGCCAGGCCUGCGAGGGUUCCGAGGCGGCCGGCUCGCCAGAGACGCCAUGUACCGGCUCCUGACUGCCGUGCCUGCCCGGGCCGCUACCCGCGGGGACUGGGCCCGGGACUGCGGGCGGCGCAGAGCCCAUCAGAGUGCUGGGCAGUCGCCGCUCGGCCAGGGCUGGGUCGGGGGCCUCGGGCUGGGGCUGGGGCUGGCGCUCGGGGUGAAGCUGGCGGUCGGGCUGAGAGGUGCGGCCCCCGCGCCCCCUCCCGCGGCCCCCGACUCCGAGGCAUCGCCUCAGGCCGAGCCGUCGCCGGAGCAGUCCCUCACCCUGUGGUCCCCGCAGACCACAGCGCAGCUCCCCUCUAAACGCUUCGCCAGAGCCAUCGAGAGCAGCCGUGACCUGCUGCACAGGAUCAAGGAUGAGGUGGGUGCACCGGGCAUAGUGGUUGGAGUUUCUGUAGAUGGAAAAGAAGUCUGGUCAGAAGGUUUAGGCUAUGCUGAUGUUGAGAACCGUGUUCCAUGUAAGCCAGAGACAGUUAUGAGAAUUGCCAGCAUCAGCAAAAGUCUCACCAUGGUUGCUCUAGCCAAAUUGUGGGAAGCAGGGAAACUGGAUCUUGAUAUUCCAGUACAACAUUAUGUUCCUGAAUUCCCAGAAAAAGAAUAUGAAGGCGAAAAGGUAUCCGUCACAACAAGAUUACUGAUUUCCCAUUUAAGUGGAAUUCGUCAUUAUGAAAAGGACAUGAAAAAGGUGAAAGAAGAGAAAGCUUAUAAAGCCUUGAAGAUGAUGAAAGGGACAAUGGAAUCUGACCAAGAAAAAGAGUUGAAAGAAAAAGGAAGCAAAAGUAAUGAAAAGAAUGACUUUGCUAAAACCAAGACAGAACAGGAUAAUGAAGCCAGAGGUCGGAAUUCAAAACCUGGCAAGAAAAAGAAUGAUUUUGAACAGGGCGAAUUAUACUUGAAAGAAAAGUUUGAAAAUUCAAUUGAAUCCCUAAGAUUAUUUAAAAAUGACCCCUUGUUCUUUAAACCUGGUAGUCAGUUUUUGUAUUCAACUUUUGGCUAUACCCUACUGGCAGCCAUAGUAGAAAGAGCUUCAGGAUAUAAAUAUGUGGACUAUAUGCAGAAAAUAUUCCAUGACUUGGAUAUGCUGACAACUGUGCAGGAAGAAAAUGAGCCAGUGAUUUACAAUAGAGCAAGAUUUUAUGUUUAUAAUAAAAAGAGACGUCUUGUCAACACACCUUACGUGGAUAACUCCUAUAAAUGGGCUGGUGGUGGAUUUCUAUCUACAGUAGGUGAUCUUCUGAAAUUUGGGAAUGCAAUGCUGUAUAGUUACCAAGUCGGGCUGUUUAAGAACUCAAAUGAAAAUCUUUUACCUGGGUAUCUCAAACCAGAAACAAUGGUUAUGAUUUGGACACCAGUCCCCAAUACAGAGAUGUCUUGGGAUAAAGAGGGUAAAUAUGCAAUGGCAUGGGGUGUUGUGGAAAAGAAGCAAACAUACGGUUCUUGUAGGAAGCAGCGGCAUUAUGCAUCUCAUACUGGAGGUGCAGUGGGUGCCAGUAGUGUCCUGCUGAUUCUUCCUGAAGAACUAGAUGAAGAUGCAACAAAUAGCAAGGUUCCUCCAAGAGGAAUAAUUGUUUCAAUCAUAUGUAACAUGCAAUCUGUUGGCCUCAAUAGCACUGCUUUAAAGAUCGCUCUGGAAUUUGAUAGAGACAAAUCAAAUUGAUACCUUAAGAUUACAGGUGCAAAAUGAGCUGUUUUUUUUUUAAACAUUAAAGUUCCAAAAGACAUGAGAUUUUUAAGAAUACAUUUGUAAUAGAAUAUAAUUGAAUGCAAAGAAUUAUGUACAUCUAAUGGCUUAAUUUUGUAAAUGUCUUUUAUUGUAGUUCUUUAUACUCAGGGAUGUUAACUAUGUUUUUACUUUUUGGAAAAGUGUUACCUCUUGAAAUAAAA